AUGAUUGAUUAAUAUGAAAAUAAUCCAACAUUUUGGGGUAAAUUUUCAUUUGCUGGAGGACCAACUCAACUUCCUCGAUCGGUAUUGCACAAAUUGGAAUAAGAAUUUAUUUAACCGAAUGGUAAAUCAAUUUUAGAAUUCUCAAAAUAUGAUCAUGAAUAUCAUCAAAUAUUAGACUAAGCUAUUAAUGAUUUGUAAUCACUUUUAAACAUACCAAACUAAUAUAAAAUAAUCUUUUGUUAAGGUGGAGCAUCAUUAUUAUUUGAAGCAAUACCUAUGAAUUUAUUGAAAACAUAAAAUAGUUCUGCAUCUUAUACAAAUACAGGAUAUUGGUCAUCAAAAGCUCUAGAGGAAUCUUAAAAAUUCUGUUAAAAUGUAAAUUAAGAUAAAUUUGGCAAAAGAUUUGUUCCUGAAUUUGAAUAAUGGAAUAUAAAUAAAGAAGACUCCUAUCUUCAUUACUGUGAUAAUGAAACUGUUGAAGGGUUAGAAUAUCAGUUUAUUCCCAAAUUAGGAAGUGUUCCAACUGUAACAGACAUGAGUUCCAAUUUCUUGACUAAACCUUUGGAUUGGAAUAAAUUGGACUUAGUUUAUGCACAUGCACAAAAAAACAUUGGUAUUGCAGGGUCAACGUUGAUGAUUAUAAAACCUGAACUUGUCCAAAAUAAUCAGAAUAUUCCAUAUAUGUGGGAUUUCAAGGAAAUGCUUAAAAAACAAUCACUAAUCAGUAAUCUUCCAAUUUUCCCAAUCUAUGUUAAUACAUUGGUUUUUGAUUGGAUUAGAAAGUAAGGAUCUUUAGAUUUCUGGGAUCAAUACUGUAAAAAAAGAUCCCAAUAGUUAUAUACAGUUAUAGAUAAUAGUCAUGGAGUGUUUAUAAAUCAAGUGAAGAAAGAAUAAAGAUCAAGAAUUAAUAUUACAUUUACUUUAAAGGAUGAGUUUGAAACAAAUAAAUUUAUUGAGGUAUGCAAAAAUAAUGGCAUUAUUGAAGUGAAAGGACAUAGAGCUUUAGGUGGAUGUAGAAUAUGCUUAUAUUUGCCUAUUCCAUAAAUAGCAAUUGAUAAAUUAUGUGGAAUUAUGGAAGAGUUUAUGAUUUGA